GAGAAACAAUUUGGUUUAAGUUCUUUAUUCAAAACGUUAGCCUAGAGGAUCCCUUGUGUUUACCUAGUACAGCAUAUCACAAUGCAAAAUUAGUUGACCAUGUCUUAGGAAUCUACACGUGGCUUAGGAACGUACACGUGUCUUUGAUCAUUACAACCAUAUAUCUUCAUCUAUUUCGCUCCGAACAUUGAAGAUAUCGAAUAGUAAUUCAGAGAACACAACAUCCCCCCGUCUUUGCGUCGAUGAUGACAAGCAAACUUCUUCUCCUAGUCUGCUACGUUUCUCUUCUCUGCUUUGUAUCAUCGUCAUCAUCUGAUUUCUCUGGAAUAUCUCAACCGUCGAAAGUCUCUCUGGGCUUGUACUAUGAAUCUCUAUGUCCGUACUGUUCUUCCUUCAUAGUUAACCACCUCACAAAGCUUUUUGAGGAUGGUCUCAUAUCAAUCGUGGACCUCCAUCUGUCUCCCUGGGGCAACUCCAAGCUCCGCUCCGAUAAUGUCACCGUCCUUUGCCAGCACGGUGCGUAUGAAUGCUUCUUGGACACGGUAGAAGCUUGUGCGAUUGAUGUUUGGCCUGAAUUGAGGGAUCAUUUCCCGUUCAUCUACUGUGUUGAGAGUUUGGUGAUUGAGCACAAGUACAAAAAGUGGGAGACUUGUUAUGAGAAGCUCAAUCUGAACUCAAAACCUGUUGCGGAUUGCCUCAGCAGUGGACAUGGAAAAAAGCUUCAGUUGCAGUAUGCUGCAGAAACGAGUGCACUUGAGCCGCCUCAUAAGUACGUGCCAUGGGUAGUCGUGGAUGGUCAGCCACUUUAUGAGGAUUAUGAAAACUUCAUAAGCUACAUCUGCAAGGCUUACAAAGGUAAUGAAGUGCCUGGCGCGUGUGCCAAAUAUUCUUCCAUUGGCAUUCUCAAAGUGAAUCGCUUCCCUCUGGUUUGCUGGAAAGGAGUCAAUACGAUGUGGGAUUUGUUGGAACGUAUCAAAACCUCUAUGUUGUCGUACAUCGACGUCACAGGCUUGCUAUAAAUAACUUCUCUUUCUGUUGUGUUAUGUAGCAUGAUACCCUCCUGAUAAGCUGUGUAGAUUCUGAGAUAUGAUGAAAAUGAUUUAUAUAUCAGAAUGUAUGUUUGUUGGGUUGUGUGACCGACUCUGGUCUUGAGAUGAUAAUAAAUGGAAAUUAAAUUAUA